AUGAACAUGCCAAAUAACCUCAUGGUCAGGGCUGUGAGUUUGCUCGGUAGACCCUUGCUAGGAAGAAGCUUUCACACUUCCUCCUCAUUACUUCAUAUGGGGGAAGCCAAAUCGUUCAAACCUCAGAAUUUAGGGAAGAAUCUGGCCAAUUUCGACAUACUUGGAUUAUCAGAUAAGCCAUCAAACAACAUUGAAAUGAUAUCCAAAGAUAGUAUAAUAUUUACCAAUUUGACACUGAUCAAAUCUCCAACCAAGGAUAAGAGAAUAGUCGGAGCUCUUCUUUUAAACAACGAAGUCUAUCAGAUAGAUCUAACUGACAGAUACGAGAUUCACAACAAAUUCAUCAUGGACUUGGAUGAAAGCAUCCUAAAGGUAUUUUCUAUAAUAUAUCCAAAACCAGAGCUAGUUGUUAUUGGAAUGGGAGGGAAACCAAGAAUGCUGCACCAAAACAAUAAGGAAUAUCUCAAUAAACUGGGUAUCCAGUAUGAAGUCAGCGAUACGAAGAAUUCAGCAUUAAACUACGAUCUUCUUGCUACUGAAAGGGGAGUGACCCAAAUAGCAGGACUUAUUCUUCCUCCUAACUUAUGA